AUUGUUCUGUACUCCAUCGCUUACACACCUCUAGAGAAAGCCAAAGCAGAGGCUGCCUUUGUCCAGCUCAUUGAAGCCCUCACAAACAUCGGCCUCACUACGGCCGUUCGCAACGGCGAAAAGGACUCUCUCCUCGUCUUCACCAGGCUUGCCUCCAACGACCUUUUGGCCCAGCAGGCCUACAGCUCUCGCCUCCAGGACUGGCUGCAGGGCGUUCGCAUCUCCGGUCCAGGCAACGACAUUGCAAAGGCAAUUCAGGACGAACCCGUGACUGAAGCCGAGAGACUCCGGCUCGUCUAUCUUCUCAUCUCCAACUCUCGAAAUGAAGGCGGCGCAGGCAUCACUCCAGGCCAAGGGCAGUGGAAGUAUGUCGAGGCCAUCUUCCCGCUUCACGACAACGCCUUCAACAAGGAAUGGCUGCACAAGUGGAGCAAGAAGUAUGUCCUGGAGCAAUCCGAUCUAGACGAAAUUCGAGACCGGUUUGGUGAGGGCGUUGCCUUUUACUUUGCAUUUCUCAUGGACUACCUCCGCUUCCAGAUAUUCCCCGCGGCUGUGGGCUUUGCCGCAUGGAUGCUGAUGGGCCAAUUCUCCACGUUUUACGCCAUCUGCAGCUGUCUCUGGUCCGUCGUCUUCUUCGAGUAUUGGAAGCGUAAGGAAGCCGACUUGGCCGUCACCUGGGGUGUUCGUGGCGUUUCAAAGAUACAGCACCACCGCCCAGAGUUUAAGUGGGAGUUUGAGAUGGAAGAUUCAGUCACGGGAGAGCCAGUAAAGGUUUAUCCACCUGCCAAGCGGCUACAGACCCAGCUCCUCCAGAUCCCCUUUGCGCUCGUCUGUAUUGUUGUACUUGGUGGGCUGGUCGCUACGGUCAAUUCUCUCGAGAUUUACAUCAACGAAGUGUAUGGUGGUCCAGGAAAGCAGUAUUUGGGUUUCCUUCCCACCAUCUUGCUUGUUGUUCUGACGCCGACCUUUUCCACCAUUCUCAUGACAGCUGCCAAAAGGCUGACGGACAUGGAAAACUAUGACACUCUGGAUGCGCACCACGCUGCUCUGGUCCAGAAGCAGUUCGUACUCAACUUCAUGACAUCUUAUAUGGCCUUGAUCUUCACGGCUUUUGUCUACAUCCCCUUCGGCCAUGUCCUGCACCCGUUGCUCAAUUUCUGGGGCAAGACGGCACAGACACUCACGAUGAGCGAGAAACCAAUGACGACCAGCCAGUUCGAAUCGAACCCUCAGCGGAUUGCUAACCAGAUGUACUUCACCACGGUCACCGCUCAGAUCAUCAAUUUCCUCACCGAAGUCGUCGUGCCCUACGUCAAGCACAAGGCCACUGUCAAGGCCAAGGAACUCUCAGAGAAAGACGCGGUCAAGACCAACGAUCAACCUGACGAAGCUGACUUCCUGAAACGUGUGCGCAAUCAAGCUGGCUUGGAAGACUAUGAUGUCACUGCUGAUUACCGUGAGAUGAUAAUGCAAUUUGGCUAUCUGUCUCUCUUCUCUGUUUCGUGGCCUCUGACAGCCUGCUUCUUCCUCAUCAACAACUGGAUCGAACUUCGAUCUGACGCCUUGAAGAUUAUUAUCGGCUGUCGCAGACCCAUCCCGUGGCGAGCUGACUCCAUCGGACCAUGGCUGACUGCUCUGGGCUUCCUGUCGUGGCUAGGUAGCAUCACCAGCGCUGCCAUCGUUUACCUCUGCAGCGGAGACAGGCAAGCUGGUUCCGGAUCCUACAUCACUGCAGGUGGAGCUCUCCUCAGCAUCCUCCUGGCUGAACAUCUCUAUUUUGCAGCUCAACUCGCCGUGAGGACUGUCAUGGGCAAGGUGGAGAGCCCCGGUCUCCAGCGAGAGCGCAAGGAGCGCUUCCAAUUGAAGAAGAAGCUUCUGGAGGAGACAGUCGGUCACGUUUCGAGCGAAAAGGCUACCGUCGCUGUUCCAGGGGCUGAGAAGACGGAGCAGAUCACGAGAGAGACCCUGGAGGAGGAGGCUCGGCUGGCCUCACUUCAUGGGCAUGGAACACCCGAAGAAAGGUUCUGGCAGCGCCAACGGGGCAUGCAGGACACAAUCUUGGUCGGACGGAAAUUGAUCGCAGAGCAGACUAGUGGUCGGUCUUGA